CGGCCGCCCCCCAAGUCUCCGCCCUUCAUCGCUUUUUCAACCCUCCCACCCUUUGCGCUUCUAUCCACACUCAAAAUGAGCGUGAUCCUUUGCACUGCGGGCUACGACCACACCAUUCGGUUCUGGGAGGCAUUGUCCGGAAUCUGCUCGCGCACUAUCCAGCAUCCCGAUUCCCAAGUUAAUCGCUUAUGCAUCACCCCCGACAAACGGUAUCUGGCCGCCGCCGGUCACAAUAAUGUCAAGCUGUAUGACAUCAAGUCAACCAACCCCAACCCGGUCAUGACCUUCGAUGGUCAUACAAACAACAUUACUGGUGUCGCAUUCCACUGUGAAGGAAAGUGGAUGGUGACGAGCUCGGAGGAUGGCACAGUCAAAGUCUGGGACACCCGCACAGGCAGUCUGCAGCGCAAUUACGCGCAUAAAGCUCCAGUCAACGAUGUGGUGAUCCAUCCUAACCAAGGUGAACUCAUCAGUGGAGACCGCGCGGGCAUCGUCCGGGUUUGGGAUCUGGGUGAGAGUGUGUGCACUCACCAGCUCAUUCCUGAAGACGAUGUCGCUGUGCACAGUGUCAGUGUCGCAAGUGAUGGCUCUUUGCUGUGCGCCGGGAACAAGAAGGGUAAUGUCUAUAUCUGGCGCAUGAUUCAAGAUGCGGAAAUAACCCGCAUCGUUCCGAUAUGUACCUUCCAGGCGCACAAGGACUACCUCACGCGCGUUCUGCUCUCUCCCGACGUCAAACAUCUCGCCACCUGCUCCGCUGACCACACAGCCAAAGUAUGGAACCUUGACCUCGAUUACCCGCCGGCCAAACUUGCCGCGGCCACCGCCGCCGCCAAAGCGAAGGCCAAAGGCCUCUCUUCAUCCGAGACGAGCGACACGCCUUCCUCACCAGAAUCUCCAGAGCACCUGAACCACGUAUCCCCCAACGGCGCAGAAGUUGAAGUCAAUCCAUUUAGCCUUUUCCAAGGCGCGACCCCCCCAGUGAACAACGAACCCCAGCAGACCUUCCCGGUACAACCCGACGGUCCGCCGAUGGACUCCGCAACAGGAACUCUCUUCCUGGAGACCACACUCGCGAACCACCAACGAUGGGUCUGGGACUGCGCCUUCUCCGCGGACUCCGCAUACCUCGUCACAGUAUCCAGCGACCACUAUGCGCGCUUAUGGGAGCUGGCGUCCGGCCAAAUCAUUCGUCAAUACAGUGGCCAUCACCGCGGAGCGGUCUGCGUAGCGCUGAAUGAUUACUCCGAGCCACGCUGAGCGAGUCGGGGCGCUAGCUGCCUGGCGGCAGGAGUUUCGUUGUUUUUUCCAUUUCUUUCUUUCUCCGGUUCAGGGAUAACGGUCAGCAUGGAGCCUGGUUUAGGCUGGAGCACGGAGGCGAGUCGCCUUCUGUCAUUGGAGUUCAAGUUUGCUUAGUUCUCACUGUGUGCUUUGGAUGUUAGCGAGCUAUCCAGGUAUGAUAUCCCGUAUAUGCAAGAUAAGUUCAUCGAUU